AUGGUGCGUCUGAGGGAAAUCCCAAGGACGGCCACGUUCGCCUGGUCGCCUGGCGCUGCCUCACCAUUGAUCGCAACUGGAACCCGCGCUGGCGCUGUCGAUGUCGACUUCUCUAACAAGACAUGCCUCGAGCUGUGGGAUCUGGGCCUUGACCGCGAAGAUGCGAGUGAGGAGCUGCAGCCGCUAGCUAAGGUCGAUACCGACUCUGGCUUCAAUGAUGUGGCCUGGACAACGUCCGAAGACAACAAACGGGGUGUGAUUGCGGGUGGCUUGGAGAAUGGCUCACUGGAGUUGUGGGAUGCUGAUAAGCUACUUGCUGGAUCCAGUGAUGCAUUGAUUUCAAGAACCACUAAACACAGCGGCGCCAUCAAGACCCUUCAGUUCAACCCGAAACACCCGAACCUUCUGGCAACCGGUGGCGCAAAGGGAGAGCUGUUCAUCUGGGAUCUAAACAACAUCGAGAACCCAUUCCGGUUGGGCAACAAUGCGGCCCGUACAGAUGAUAUCGACUGCUUGGAUUGGAACAGGAAGGUUCCUCACAUUCUGGUCACUGGUAGCAGCUCCGGCUUUGUGACAGUUUGGGAUGUCAAGACGAAAAAGGAGAGCCUGACAUUGAACAACAAGGGCCGGAAGGCUGUCAGCGCAGUCGCAUGGGACUCAGAGAGGCCCACAAAGCUUAUUACAUCGUCUCCUCUCGACUCAGACCCAGUGCUAUAUGUCUGGGACCUGCGCAACUCCCACGCUCCGGAGCGGACACUCACCGGCCACGAGUCCGGUGUGCUCUCACUUUCUUGGUGCGAGCAUGAUCCAGAUCUCCUUCUGUCUUCCGGCAAAGAUAACCGUAAUAUCUGUUGGAACCCGCAAACCGGCCAGGCUUAUGGAGAGUUCCCCGUUGUCACAAACUGGACCUUCCAGACCCGCUGGAACCCCCAUAACCCGAACUUCUUCGCAACCGCGUCGUUUGAUGGAAAGAUCUGUGUCCAGACCCUGCAGAACACUAAGACCGAUAACGCCCAGGCCAUCGCCGAUCACAACCAAGCCCUGGACGGCGAAGACUUCUUCAACAAGGCGCAAACGCAGCCCCAGGUCUCCAAGUUCUCCCUUCCGAAGGCCCCUCGCUGGCUUGAGCGGCCCUGUGGUGCUACUUUUGGUUUCGGAGGUCGGGUCGUUUCCUUCGGCCUGACCGAGAAGGGCUCUCGUACAUCCAGUAUCAAAAUCACACCGUUCGAGGUUGAUGAGAGCGUUGGCAAUGCCACUGAGAGCUUUGAGACUGCAUUGAAAGAGGGUGAUAUCAGUACUCUCUGUGAGUCACGCGCCUCAAGUGCUUCCAAUGAAGCAGAAAAGGCCGACUGGAAGGUAAUGCAGGCUUUGAUCUCCGAAAACCCACGCAAGGGCUUGGUAGAGUAUCUCGGAUUCCAGGAUCAGGUUGACGAGGCCGCCGAUAAUCUCGCGCAGCUUGGGUUGGACAAGAAGGAAGGCGAGAGCACCAAUGGCGCUGCCGCCAAACCUGCUGGUGUUAAGAAGCACAAGCGGUUGCAAUCCAUGUUCGAUGCCAACCCUGAAGGUGACAGCUUCCUUUCCGAACUGGCUGCCUCUAAGGGUGCUCAAACCAACAACCCAUUCCAAAUUUUCAAUGGCUCGGAAAGCCAGGCAGAGCAACAAAUUACUCGGGCUUUGCUCCUUGGGGAAUUCGAGAAAGCUCUGGAUGUUGCCCUCCGGGAGGAUAAGAUGUCCGAUGCUUUCAUGAUUGCUAUCUGCGGUGGCCCGAAGUGCAUCGAAAAGGCGCAGGAGUACUACUUCUCCAAGCAGGCUGGCGGUCCAAACUACAUGCGCUUGCUCGCAUCUAUUGUGGGCAAGAACCUGUGGGAUGUGGUCCACAAUGCCGACUUGUCCAACUGGAAGGAAGUUAUGGCUGCCUUGUGUACCUUUGCCGACGAGAAGGAAUUCCCUGAUCUCUGCGAUGCUCUCGGUGAUCGCCUUGAGGAGCAGAUUCAGAACAGCGACGAUAAGAGCGCCCGCAAGGAUGCUUCUUUCUGCUACUUGGCAGGCUCGAAGCUUGAGAAGGUUGUUGCCAUUUGGGUUGAGGAGCUCCGUGAGAAUGAGCAGAAAGGAAUUGAGAACAACACUGACAACUCUUCCUUCUCUAUCCAUGUCCGUGCUCUGCAGGGCCUGAUUGAGAAGGUUACCAUCUUCCGCCAAGUCACCAAGUUCCAGGAUACAGAGCGGAACAAGGAGUCGGAUUGGCGCUUGAGCGUCUUGUAUGACAAGUACAUUGAAUAUGCCGAUGUUGUCGCUACCCAUGGACGUCUGCAAAUUGCUCAGAAGUACCUCGACCUUGUCCCCGAGAAGCACCCUGAAGCUGAGGUGGCGCGCAACCGCAUCAAGCUUGCUACCAGACAGGUACCUCAGAAGGCCCAGCCCGCUGUCGCAGCCAAAUCUGGCUUCAAGCCCCUCCCGCAGCAGCCCAACUUGUACCAGCCGACGAACGCUUACAAUGCUGCUGCUAUUCCACCACCGGCUGCUACUCCUAACAUCUAUGCGCCUCCUGCACCUGCUGUUCCCCAGCAGGCUAACCCAUAUGGCCCUCAGACUACCUCCCCGCCAGCUCAGCCUGCCAACCCAUACGCUGCCUACGGACAGGCAACUGGGUACCAGCCAACUCAGGGGAUGAGACCUACCAGUUAUACUCCACCGUCUGCAUUCGGCGGACAACAGCCCACAGGUGCUGGUGUCCCUCCCCCUCCUCGUGCGUCAUCUAACCAGUCGCCGGCCAACACGAUCACAACAUACACCACGGCCACUGGCCUUCCUGCGUGGAAUGAUUUGCCAGAAGGCUUUGCUAAGGCUCCUACGCCCCGCCGGGCCUCCCCCGCUGGUGCUCCGCGCGCACCAUCCGUGCCUCCCCCACCAAAGGUGGGCUCCGUGCCUCCGCCGCCGCGCAUGAUGUCGCCGCUAUCUGGUGCCCAGGCUGGAUCUAACAUCCCGGGGCCUUCCCCGCCACCCCCUGCCAACCCAUACGAUUCUCUCCCUCAGUCACCGCCGUUGACUCAGGGGUCAACCAUGGCUCCCCCGGCAUCGAUCCCUCGCGGAGCAUCGCCCUACAACGCUCCUCCUAGCGUGCCACCCCCAACCAACCGGUAUGCGCCAAGCCCGGCUGCCCAGGCCGCUGCAAACCCGCAACUGCAGAAUCGUGGCCCUGUGGCUCCACCUCCCCAGGCUGCCUCGCCAUACGCCCCACAAGCAGUAUCACAACCUCCUGCGGCAAACCCAUACGGGCCCACUACGCCUGUUGCUACACAGCCUCCACCUAUGGCCCAGGCCAUCCCGACGCCGCCUCAAGGAUCUCGACCUCCCACGGCCCAGUCGCAGAAGCCAACUCCUCCGGCUCCCAAGUAUCCCCCCGGUGACCGUUCACACAUUCCUGCAAACGCACAGCCUGUCUUCGAGAUUCUAUCGGCAGACAUGCAGCGUGUCAAGACCCGGGCCCCUGCGGCAUUCAAGGCACAGGUUGAUGAUGCCGAGCGUCGCUUGAACAUCCUCUUUGAUCACCUCAACAACGAGGACUUGCUCAAGCCCAACACCAUCGAGGACAUGGCGAACUUGGCCCGCGCUCUCCAGCAACGUGACUACAAUGCCGCCCUCGCUAUUCAUGUUGAUAUCAUGACCAACCGGACUGACGAAUGUGGCAACUGGAUGGUCGGUGUUAAGCGACUGAUUAGCAUGAGCCGCGCUACCCCGUAA